AUGGCUUUAGGACCAAACAUACGUGGUUUUCACUCAUCAACGAGACAUGUCAUUUUUGUGGACGGAACAUUUAUGAAAUCAAAAUUUCGAGAUACGUUACUUGUUGCCACGUGUCAAGACGUAAAUCUUCAGAUAUAUCCUCUUGCAUUUGGCAUUGUUGAUUCUGAAAAUGAUGCAUCAUGGACUUGGUUCUUCGAUGAGUUGUUUCAGGUAACGGGUAUGUUGGAAGGGCUUGUUUUCAUUUCUAAUCGCAAGGAUAACAUUGGUAACGCUAUAAAGAUUGUUUAUUCUUAUGCAUAUCAUAGAUGUUGCAUGUGGUAUCUACAACUAAACAUAAAGUCAAAUUAUCAUAAGGCCGAUAUUCUACCAUUGUUUAUGACAACUGCAAAGGAGUAUAGUUUGAUUAAUUUUGAAAAAUCAAUGGCAAAUCUAUAUUGUAAAAGUCCGGCAGUUGGACAAUACCUAGAAAAGAAAGUUGGGUAUGAAUUUUGGUCCCGAGCACAUUUUAAAGGAAUCCGUUACAAUAUUAUGACAACUAACAAUGCAGAAUCUUUGAACUCGUUAUUCAAGAAUGCUAGGGAGUUUUCAGUACUUGUUAUGGUUGAGCAAAUAAGAAAAACUUUACAGAAAUGGUUUUAUGAGAGACACAUUGAGGCUGAAAAAUGUGCAACUACUCUAACCCCGCCCAUUGAGGAUAAAAAACGUAAAAAGUAUAAUGAUGCAAAGAGACUGAUAGUGGUAACAAUAAAUGAGUAUGAGUUACACGUCGGUGUUGAGAAUGAAAUGCAUAUCGUGAACUUGGAGGCAAGAACCUGUAGUUGUAGGGAAUUUGAUUUGGAAAAACUUCCUUGUAAACAUGCACUUGCAGCAGCGAAAUUUGAGGGAAUAUCUUGUUACAGUUUGUGCUCACCUUAUUAUACCAGUGCUAGUUGGAAAUAA